GGGAUAACGUGGCCGUGUAAACAUCGCCUCGAAAUCUCGCCCAAAUCGCACGACUCGGGAAGGACGACCCAGGGCUUCCUCUCUCACUCCCCCCUCCUUCCUAGCCAACAGGACUCGAGGAUCCCAGCCAUACGAACCCCCCGAGGCCAGGACGCCCUCCAACCAGGAGCACAGGAGGGCCAUAAAGCGAGAGAUAAGAGCGAGAGAGAGGGGAGAGGCGAGGCUGCCGACGUGGCUCGCGGUCCGGUGGUGUCAGCGCCCCCGAGGAAAUGCACUCGCCUCGGGCCUGAUUUGUCCUAAUAGCACGAGCCUCCCUCUCUCUCCCUCUCUCCUGUCGCCAAGGUACCGAGAUAUACUAAAAAGCCAAGAUGGGGUCUGAUAAAAAUGCACAAGGGCACAUCCUCAAAUAUGUGAGCCUGGUAACACUCACAGUACAAAACUCUGCCGUUGCAUUAAGUAUGCGCUAUGCAAGGACUCGGACAGGAGAUAUGUUUAUUGCAUCCACAGCUGUUGUGAUGGCAGAGUUCGUAAAGCUGUUGGCUUCUCUCUUUCUAGUGUGGAAGCAAGAGGGAUCUGUGCAGCACUGGUUCAUGGCACUACACACCCAAAUAUGGCAGCAGAAAUUAGACACUCUGAAAGUGUGUGUUCCCUCAUUUAUUUACCUUGUGCAGAAUAAUCUGUUGUAUGUGUCUGCCUCCAACCUCGAUGCUGCGACCUACCAGGUGACAUAUCAGAUGAAGAUUUUAACAACUGCCAUGUUUGCGGUUCUGAUUUUGAGAAAGCAGCUCCGUGGCACUCAGUGGUUAGCUUUGGUGUUCCUGACUGCUGGCGUAGCUCUGGUGCAGCUGUCCUCGACCGAUGGAGGCUCCUCAGCCAGCUCUAGUGAUCAAAAUCGUCUUUUGGGUUGUGUAGCUGCAAUUGCAGCAUGUUGUUGCUCAGGAUUUGCAGGAAUCUACUUUGAAAAAAUUCUGAAAGGGUCAGAUGUUUCAGUUUGGGUCAGAAAUGUUCAGCUGUCAUUCCUGUCACUGCCCUUGGGUGUCAUGACUGCAUACAUGAAUGACUUUUCAUCUAUCACUGAAAAAGGGUUCUUCUUUGGGUAUGAUGGGUAUGUGGCAUACUUAGUAGUCCUCAAUGCCGUUGGGGGCUUGUUAGUGGCCAUGGUCGUUAAGUAUGCAGACAACAUUUUAAAGGGCUUUGCAACUUCAUUAGCAAUUGUGUUAUCUACAAUUGCCUCAGUAUUUAUGUUUGGUUUUGUAAUAACAUUCCAGUUUGCAGUUGGCACCGCAAUGGUGAUUGGCUCAAUCUUCCUGUACAGCCACGAGCCAAAGAAACCAACAGCCAACCCCAUGAUGAAGUUGAUGUAGUUCUCUGAGACUGCUCUAGGCGAAUGGAGGUGGACUUUGUGAAUAUUUGCACGAAUGACUUGUUGCACUGUUGUUAAUGCAUACCGAAUAAUCCUAUUUAUUUUUGUAUCCUGCCAUGGGUGUAAUUGUUGAUUGCAUACUUGCGACUGAAAUGUGAGUGUUGUUAUACAUACUGAUUUUUAAUAUGAAGAAUUGCUGUGAAGGUUGUUUAAGGUUUGAAAUAUAUCUGAAUUUAU